AUGACAGGACUCAGUAGUGGGCUUUCUUCUCAAGACGCCAUCAUAGAUCUACUAAGUUCAAUUGAACAGAGUCACCAAGACAACAAAUCGACAUUAAAGGUAUUUGUUGACAUUACAAAAGCCUAUGGUAAUGUUGAUCCAGAUGGUGUUGUUGAAAGGUUGACAGCCAUCGGCAUCACGGGUAAAGUUCAGGAGUUUCUACGAGGCAUCCUCACCAACCGAACGCUCAAAGUAUGUUACCUUCAGAACGCUCAUUGUGUACGGUCCGAUAAUCGCUUUUUACUGCUAUUCCCUCGCCCACAUGAAUUCGAUCACGGUAUUUGUUGUUUUGUUGACCUGUGCUCUCAGCUGGUGUAUUGCAUCAAUAGCCUUCUCCUUAGUGGAGACGUUGAAACGAAUCCAGGACCACCAAAAAAAGACAACAAAAAAACAAAACAAGAUAACGUAGUUUCGGUUACAGAGGACUCGAGGGCUGCUAAUUCGGGUGAGAGCGAUAAUGACGGAAGAGAUAUCGAGAGACAACCCACAGUUUCGGAUAUGUUUGCUGAAUUGCUGGCUGGCCAGAAAAAGAUGGCUCAGGACAUAGCUGAAAUCAAAUUAUUCCAACAGUCAGUUAACUCCCGAUUUGACGCUCUUGAAGCACGAGUGGCUGCCCUCGAGUCGCCUUCUGCCACGCCAAGUGUCCCUUGUACAUCUUGUGACAAUCUGCUUAUAGAGCUUAAGUCAUUGUCUGGUGCGGUAGACAGACUCGUCGCGAGGAAUGACGACAUGGAAAACCGUUCGCGCAGAAAUAAUCUAAUCUUAUAUGGCCUCACCGAAAGCGCAGACGAAACUAGUGAGUCAUUACUCUCUAACGUAUCAAAAAUAUUCUCGGAUAAACUGAUUAUUGACUGCCCACGUAUUGAAAGGUGCCAUAGAAUAGGUCGAAAACACGACGAUCGUUCACGUCCUGUCAUUAUGAAACUCCUUGAUUUUCGCGAAAAAAUGGAAGUAUUGAAAAAUUCUUUCAAGCUUAAGGGUUCAGAUAUUCGUAUAUCGGAAGACUUCUCUGUUCAUGUCCGUUCUGUUCGAAAGAAAAUAUGGGAUGCGACGGCCUCUUUCCGUGACAGUGGCUCCUCCGUUCGCCUUCGAUAUGAUCAUGUGUUCAUCAAUAAUGAGCGAUAUAAUUGGGAUGUUAAAACUAAUACUCUGGUUAAGUGUUCCGACUACUUCGCCCAGUCUACUACCACCGCCCCAUCUACUGGUGGUCGUUGA